UGCGCAGUGCGGGCAGAGAAGCCUCUGGGUGUAUGCGCAUGUGUGCAGAGCAGUUCUGUGGUGCUGAGUCUUUGUCACAUCUGUGAGAGUGGAGAGCAGGAGCUGUGGAGGCCUGGACCCUGACACGGGGAAGACAGGUGGCACUCAUCGUUAUUGUAGACCACCAUAGAAUAGCUCCUUCCAUCUCAAACACAGUCUUUGCUUUGAGGCUUUAGUAUGGAGAAGAACAGGAAUCAUAUGACUGAGAGGAUACUAAAGCUCACCCUGGAGAUCAUCUACUUACUGACUGGAGAGGACUAUGUGCCCCUGAAAAGAGAUGGGGGGUAUACAAUGGCGCCAGCUCACGCACUGACACAUGAAAAAAGCAAUGAUCAGAAGAUCCUAGAACUAGCCCAAAAAAUCAUUGAGCUGCUGACUGGAGAGGAUUUAGAUUCUUCAGAAAUCCAUAAAGAUUUCUACAAAGAGAUAAAGAUGGAAGAAUGUCAUCCACGGAAGCCCGUAGAUGGUUCCAGAAAUAUGCCAUUGAAAUGUCACAGUUCUCUUUAUCCAAAGGGUUGUACAGAGGAUAACAAAGAUGUGACAGAAGAAUCACAGGUACCAACGCUCCCUGAUCAUAAACAUUCCCCAGGAUAUAAGCCCAAGGGGGCUGCAGGAUUUGAUGCUUUGCAUUAGGAUAACAGAGAAGGCAUGCCCUAAAUACACAUGGUGGUUAAAGAGAAAAAUCUGUUCUGUUUCAUAUACCUUUCGUUGUGUUUUUGUCUCCUUUUUU